UGAGACAGUGUGAUUCAUCUGGUGGAAACAGUUACAGCAUUGCAAUUUCAGUCGGAAAACCCACGCCGUCAGGAUGCGAAUCCUGUUUGUUUGCAUCGGAAAUUCUUGCCGAUCACCGAUGGCAGAAGCUGUGAUGAGAGAUAUUUUGCUGCAGGAAAAUCUCGACUGGAUGGUCGACAGUGCUGCCUUGGCCGACUGGAAUGUUGGUCGAUCGCCGGAAGAACGGUGUUUGACGGUGCUACGGGAGAAUGGACUGGAUUCGAACCACAUCGGGAGGCAGAUCGGGGAGGUCGAUUUCCAGCAGUUCGAUUACAUUUUCGGGAUGGACGAGGGCAAUGUGAGAGACUUGCUUGAGUUGGCACCGGAAAAUUGUCAGGCGAAGAUAGAGCUACUGGGGAACUACAGGAUGAAGGAGUUGGAUAAAAUUAUUUUUGAUCCUUACUUCGAACGAGGAAUUCAUGCAUUCAGACGGUGCUAUGAUCAGAUUGUGAUAUGCUGCAAGAAUUUUAUGCAGCAAAAACGGCAACCGCAGUGAUGU